AUGUUGACCACCAGGAAAUACCUCAAACCAGACCUGCCAACGCCAUCUACUGCUCCUCACACACACACACUCUUACACACUCUCACACACUCUGAUAGGAGGAUGGUAACAUUCCCACCUGAAGCCAGUUUACUUUCACACCUGAUGUCUUCAAGGAGGCGGGGUUUGGGGGUUUGGGGGCGGGGCUUAAUUGCGCAAAAAGACCUGAAAGCAUUUGGAGAAACUUUUCAAACACUGAGAACUUUUCUUUCGUCCGUGUGUGUGUGUGUGUGUGUGUGUGUGUGUGUGUGUGUGUGUGUGUGUGUGUGUGUGUGUGUGUGUGUGUGUGUGUGUGUGUGUUUAUCACUGGUGGAAACUUUACCUCCCACUUCUACUUUUUACAAAUGUAGAUCGAACGCCAACAAAACCUCAGCUUCUUCUUUCUGUUUCACCUCCUCCUCUUCCUCCUCUUCCUCCUCUUCCUCUCUUCUUCUUCUUCUCCUUCUUCUUCCCUCCAUUGGACCUACUCUUCAGCUCUUCUUCGUUGGACCUAAACCUCCUCCUCUUGCUCCCCCUCUGGACAGGAGGAGGACUGCUCUGUCUUACUGUGUGUGUCUGUUAAACUCUGAGAUGGCCAUUGUUCCUCUUGUUGUUGUUGUUGUUCUUCUUCUUACGAUGAUGAUGAUGAUGAUGAUGAUGAUGAUGAUGAUGAUGAUGAUGAUGAUGAUGAACUCUCAUGUUGCUGCUGCUAUAUGA